GGCCGGCUGCGGAUUAGGCUUGAGCGGCAGCCUGGUUAACCAGCACCCCUCUAGCCCGCAGCAACUUGCACACACAAGUCAUUCCCCGGCCGCUGCCAGGAGUGCACGCUGCAGCACUCUGCUGUAGUGCCCCGGGAGAGCUGCCACCUGGGAACAAAGGGACGGGAGAGGGGAAGGACGAGGCUUGUAAUGGAUCUGAGCCCAGGAAUUCAAAAGAUGUCUGUAAGCCAGCAGCAAUCAGGAAGAGGGGUGCCUUGUCUGCGAUGCAGAGGGAUGUGUACAGGCUUUGAGCCACAUUCUUGGAGGAAAGUAUGCAAGUCAUGCAAAUGUAGCCAGGAGGAUCACAGCUUGAGCUCUGACGCAGAAGAUGAUCGGAAAAUUGGCCGGUUGUUGUCUGACUCCAAGUAUUCUACUCUCACUGCCCGGGUGAAAGGUGGUGAUGGUGUUCGCAUCUACAAAAGGAACCGCAUGAUCAUCACUAAUCCUAUUGUGUCUCGGAAAGAUCCAACGUUUGACACGAUAACUUAUGAGUGGGCUCCACCGGGACUGACCCAGAAGCUGGCUAUACAGUACAUGGAACUGAUUCCAAAGGAUAUGCAACCAGUUGCCGGCACGGAAGGGGCGUCCUAUCGUCGUAGGCAGUUAAUGAGGCAGCUUCCCAUUUAUGACCAGGACUCUUCCCACUGCCGUGGCCUUGCUGAAAGUGAGAUAAAGCUUAUGGAAGAUUUUGUAAAGAAAUAUAAAAGUGAUGCCCUGGGAGUUGGUGAAGUUGCACUUCCUGGCCAAGGUGGCAGUGCCAAGGAAGAAGGGAAGCAGCAUGACAAAAAUGGAGCUGCAAGUAAACCACCCAUUUCAACCAACGGAGCCCUGAGUGAUGCACCAACGGGAGUGGAGUAUUGCUGCGAGAACUGCAAACAGGUGGUGCCUACGGACUGCCCGGUGGUGUACGUGGACAGAGCAGGCUACAAUCGCCAGUGGCACCCAGGCUGUUUUGUAUGCCACAAGUGUUCUGAACCUCUGGUUGACCUGAUCUACUUCUGGAAGAACGGUGCGGUUUGGUGUGGGCGCCAUUACUGUGAGAGCAUAAGGCCACGCUGUGCAGCUUGUGAUGAGAUAAUAUUCUCAGAGGACUACCAGCAAGCUGAAGGGCUGACCUGGCACAAGAAACACUUUACCUGCCUGGUGUGCGAGACACUGCUGACUGGCAAAUCCUUCAGCCUGGAUAAAGCCAAGCUUCUAUGUACAACCUGCAGUAAAACCAAACAGCCCUAAACACCCAAUAGCUUGAGAAUCCAAAGUCUGCUCUCAUAGAUCCAAGUUAGAAUUGGUGUAAAUUGACAAAUAUGUGGAAAGGGUUGGAGAGGGGAAAAUCACUUCGUGUUUUGCUCAAACUAGUCUGGCGGUUCACUGCCAGGCAACUAGAAACCAAUUCCCCCCACCUUAAAUUGAAGGAAAAUAACCCUUUGGGGAGGAAAUAAAAAGGAAAUUCACAUGCUACGGGACAAGAAGGAGAUCUCUGGUCUCUUACUGGGAAAGAAUUGCACUAACGCACUGGCAUAAGUAGUUUCUGGGACAUCAUAUCCACUAGGCUAAACCUUGUGAUUAGCAUGUGACUAAUUUGAACCCAAGAAAUCCAGAAACAUGCAGACUUCUGGUUCAACUGUAAGAUCUUGCUGCAUCCUUUUUAUAAUGACACAUUUCAAAAGCCCGUUUUGGCAUACUAAACCUGUGGUCAAUAACUAGUCUUAUGGAGUACGUGUAUUCAUAGAAAACUAAAAAUAUCAAUGGAUUCAAAGAAUUAGAUUAACCUAAGAAAUUAUGUUGUGGGCAGGAAAAUUGUAUCUAUGGUGGAAAUGUCCCACUUUUUCACUGUAGUUUUGGCAUAUUAAUUGCCUGCAAGAAUGUGGUUGCAGGUAGGUUAUUGCAGUCCUCCUGUGAGCCAGGCAUAUCUAGGCUGAUGGCAGAAUGGAGUGAUUAUAAGGGCAAUUGACUAAUCCCACUAUUUAAUUGGAAUUUUGAUAUGAAAAUUUCCUGGAAAUUCUUAGACUUGUAGCCCCCAAGCUACAGGCUUUAACCUCAUACUCACUUCUCAUCCCCUUUUAUAGUUAGUGAAUUUCUGGGGAGAGGCAUGGUAUUAAUGGGAGUAAUAAUGGGAUGGCCUCAAAAGUGGGAUUUAUUUGGAUUUGAUUUGUGUACCACUGGUUUUUGGUCUGGAAGUCUCACAGAAACCAACUUUCUCAUCAAAACAGUCUUGGUUCUUGCUGUGCCUGAAACAUUAGGAUAAUGCUUUAAUGCUCCCACCCAAGAAACUGAAAAAGGAUUCUUAACUUCCAGACAUUCCCAAUCCUCUUAUCAAUUCCCUAACCCAUCUGAUUCUGGUAAUAGACCAAAAGAACAUCCAAAUUGGUACACAGUGGUAUAAGCCUGGUUUUCUAUAUUUUAUACCCAAAUUACUCGCUAAAGAGAACUGUAAUAGUUUGCAACAAUAUUUCCCUGCUACAUAUGUAAAAUGCUUGGGAUUGCUGGCUAAACUAUCUUUAAACUAUAGAAGAUGUGUGUCUGACUUUCAGCCAGGCUAGGUAUAACUGCAUGCUGAGUGUGUGAACAAUUUCUGUAAUAUUACUGAAAAUGUGGUGAAUUUGAACAUGCAACAAACAUAUUGGCAUAAGCAGUUGAAAGCUGGAUGCACAUAUCAGGUUCCUAGUUCUUCACACCUUAUUGCAGGCACAACUGCACAUGCAGUCACACAGCAAGGGUGUACAUUAGACAUGUUCCAAGUGAAACCUAAGUUUACUCAAACCCAACUUCACACCUGAAAAGGAGAACAUCUGCCAAUAUAAAUGAAUCCAUAUAAGCCUAUCCCUGGGAAUAGGGGUGGGAAUGGAUAAAUACACAUAGGAAGGUCUGUAAAAACAUAGUGGGGACUCUUUUAUGAUGCACAUAAUAAAGGCUCUGUUAUGAAUGCCGCUGACUUAGUUGACAUGUUUAUAAUUGGUAUUCCUGGACAUGCCUGGACAUUUAAAAAUAAAACCCUACCUCCAUGACUGAUGUAGUAGCAUCAAAAGUUUUGAAGUUAUGCUGAUAGUAAUAGUGAUGGGAACAGUGAAAAUGCAUCAUUUGUGGAGUAACUACAGUAUGCAUAUUUCCGGGGGUUGCCUGUGGCCAUUUUGUCAAUCUGACUCAUCUCUGAUUUCAGCUACUUAUAAAUCACUUUAAAAUGUGUUGACUCCAAGUUACAAUAGGAAUUGUUCAGAUCUAUUUGAAUAGCUUUAGAUAGACGUAGUCAAUGAUCAUUGAAUGUUAGCAAUGUAUGAAUGGAAAAUAAAAACCAAUGGCUUCAUUUUACUGCACCCUUCAUGUUCUUUGUAGUACCCUGAAUUAUUGCUGCCCAAUGUAUGUGAACUUUCUAAAGUCCGUCUGACAUUGUUUGUUUGUUUGUUUCUUUUUUAAAUGUACUUCUGUACCUGAAAAGAUUAAGGGUAAAAAGCACACACUGCAUGCAAUGGGGGGUGACAAUAGCCUGAAUCAGGUAGCGAAUACUCUUUAAAUGCUGUCUGGCUGCUAAUUUCUUUAUUGAAUGACAGGUAUUCACUUUCUAUUUGUGCUCUGUUAUGCUAUAUUGUAGCCAAAUCACUUCAUAAGAGGUAAAUAUGAAAAAAGAAUGUGCGUUGAAGAAACCUACAAAUCACAUGCAAUGAGCCAAUAAAACAUUGUUCUUUUUAAAUGUAGUAAAUAUCACUCUUGCAGUGAAUACAGUACAUCUUUGGUAUACCCCC